CUAACCGGCAGUCAGUGCCUCCUAGGGCCCCGCGCCGUCAGUCUCGUUGGUGUUGCGUCGUGUAACGUGUCCUCUCUUUCUCUCUUUUUUCUCUCUCUCCUCCUUUUUCUUCCUCGAGCCCUCUCCCUCUCUCCUUUCCAUCCCCUUUCCCUCGUGCGUAUAUACUUUUUAUUUUUCUUUUUUUUUUUGCUCGUCGUCACGAUCAACGCCGUCAUUGUCGGCCGCGAGUGAUAAGGAAAUAAUAAUUGCACACACGUGCCACUUUCCACGUUUCUCGUCUCUGACGGAUGCCGCGCAUUCGGCACUUUCUGUCGGACCACGCUCGUCGUUCUCUUUAAUGGGAUAGCACAACCGACCUUCCGCUCCGGAAGACUUCUCCACGAGAUCGACUAAACGACACUUCGGAUUCGGUCGAGCCGUAGGUCCACGAAGAACGAUUCUUUACCGUGGCACGAAAUCGACGGAGUAAAGAGUCUCGGGGUGCCUGGACCGGUGAUCCGCGUAGCGAUAUUGGAACAACGUCUCCGUCUCAACGGCUGGUUAAGAGAGUUACGCAGAGACAGAACGUUUACGUGACAGAAUGUUUAUGUGACAGAAGCGCGUUCGAAGGAUCGAAGAUCGCAAUACCCGUCAGACGAUACCGCAAACGCCCAAGGAAUUUAUCGAGAAAAGUAAUUUGUGCCGAUAACAUCUGUGCUUCUCGGUAGUAGUAAUCGUUUUCGAGAGAAUCGCGGGCAAAUAUCGACCAGGGUAAGAUGCAAAGGACGUCGUUCGCCCGGAAGAUCGCAAAAUGGCGUGGGCUCCGGUGAGCUAUCGCUGCGAAUGCGAAUCUUCUCGCUGAAACCGUACAAACCCGAUUCGAUUCGUUCGUUCCGUGGACGAGUGGCUGUGAAAACGAAAUUCCACGACCAACAUGGCUGCGAGGGAAUUCGCGCGAUAACCAAAGUGCGAGACACAGCGAGUAACGUGAAAUUUCAGGAAUUCCACGAGCUACUACGGUUGUUCUGCGGCGGAUUCUGUCGAUAGCCGGUGGAAAUGCUCGAGAAUGAAACUACGAAUAUUUGUCGCGACUGACACGUGCAAUUGCCAACCGGACGACGCUGCUGGAUCGGUGAAAGCGGGCCAGAAGCGAAAGAAACUGAACUGAAUUUUGUCAGAACGCAGCCGAUUCGUCCGAAUACCUUGGACUCGAGCGCAGACUGGAAAUAUUCGUUCUUGAACGAAUUCGUGUGUCGUUCAACCAACGAAUCGAAUGUCGUAACUUUGUAAAAAAAAAAAAAAAAAAAAAGAAGUGGUUUCCGGUUCGUUUCGCGAGUCGACGAUUCCCUCGGUGGACUUGAUCGGGAAGGAAGAGAGAGUCGGUUCGAACGUCGAGGUCGAGACUUUAGUCAAAUUCUGUAUAGAAAAGUAAGUACGGCCGACGGUCGUACUUGGCACGAAGGCCUCAAGAUUGCUCGAAAAUCGUCGAGAGAGGUGCGCAGGGCAGGAAGAGCGAUGGAAAUCGGGGGUGCAGCGAUGCAGAGGAUGGCCGCUGCCGGAGGGCCCGGGCCUCUCAGCCUUCAGGGCCCUCCAAGGUCAGUGAAAAUCUCACCCGUUAACAUACAGGACGAGCCCGGUGACCUCACUUCUCAGAAGAGCACAAGUUCGCAUUGCGUGGGAUGCGGCGGUCGAAUUCACGACCAAUGGAUCCUGCGAGUUGCACCAAAUCUGGAAUGGCACGCCGCCUGUUUAAAAUGCGCGGAGUGUCAGCAAUUUUUGGACGAGCACUGCACUUGCUUCGUACGAGAUGGGAAAACUUAUUGUAAACGCGAUUAUGUCAGAUUGUUCGGAACAAAGUGCGACAAGUGCAGCGAGUGCUUCAGCAAAGACGACUACGUAAUGAGGGCAAGAAGCAAAAUUUAUCAUAUAAAGUGCUUCCGAUGUUCAGCCUGCAUGAGGCAGCUAGUUCCUGGCGAUGAAUUUGCCUUGAGACAGGAUGGCCUCUUUUGUCGACACGAUCACGACGUUCUCGAGGGUGGGAAACUCUGCUCGGGGCCUGGUGGUGUUCCUGGAAGCGAGAACAACAACAACGCGUCCCUUAUGAAUAAUAAUCAUCAUUUGCACCCGAACGAUGGCUCGAUAUCAGAUUCCGGGUCUGAAAGCGGGUCGCACAAAGCUGGCGUGGGUGGUACUCGAGGAUCGGGCGGCCAUAAAAGCGGCGGCGGUUCUGACGGCAAACCAACCAGAGUUCGCACUGUUCUAAACGAAAAGCAACUACACACACUUAGAACUUGCUACGCCGCGAAUCCGCGACCGGACGCGUUGAUGAAGGAACAAUUGGUGGAGAUGACGGGGCUGAGUCCACGCGUGAUAAGGGUAUGGUUCCAGAACAAACGGUGCAAGGAUAAGAAGAAGACGAUCGCCAUGAAACAACAGAUGCAGGAAAAGGAUGGCCGUAAAUUAGGCUUCGGUGGGAUGCACGGAAUUCCUAUGGUGGCUAGCAGUCCCGUAAGACACGAGAGUUCUAUAGGCAUGACACCGUUAGAAGUUCAAGCUUAUCAACCACCGUGGAAAGCCCUUUCGGACUUCGCCUUACACACCGAUUUGGAGAGGUUGGAUCCUAAUACUCCUUCUUUUCAUCAUCUGGUGUCGCAGAUGCAUGGUUACGAUCUUCACAGCGGACCACCACAAUUACCACCGCCAGGCAUGCUUGGUGGACCGAUGAACGAUGGCGGAGGCGGCGGGGGUGGUGGUUCUUUGCCACCCCCCGGCCCACACCAUCCCAGUAGCGGCGGCCCAGACAUGGGGCAACACCCUGAUAGCACGGAUAGCUAUGUAACUUACCUCGAAAGUGACAGUGACUCUCUUCAUCACGAUACAGGAAGUCCAUAGUGUUGUGCAGUGUGGCCAGAACGAAAGUGUCCGCUUUCUUCGUGGUCUUCUUUCAAUAAGUGCUUGAAGAGAAUCGUAGUCUGCGAGAACAAAUAGGACGAUUACGGAUGGCUGGAAACGAAACGAAAUUUGCGUUAUUAAAUUGCGGCUUUUUGUGCAAGGAAACCUCACCCUUUCGCGCUUAAUUUUAUAAUCGGAGAAGAACGCGUGUGAAACGUUGUUUAAUCGAGAGAAAAUCAUCCCUUGUGAGACGAAUUGGUGUAAAAAUUCGGUUUAACGACGUGCCAGGGUAACCUAGCCAUAGAUUAACUGAAUCCUUCGAUAAGGCUAACGUUAAAAUUAUUGAUCGACCACGCAACUGUCACGUUGCGUGGAAAGUUUUGAAUUAGAAGAAUUCGAAAGAAAUGUUGCGUUUGAUUAGUAUUACUAUUAUUAUUAUUAUUAUUAUUACUAUUAUCGAUUGUUUUUCGAAAUUACCGUCGAUCGAUUAAAAGACAAAUUUGAAUUUCCACGCGUAAGGGUUAAGAGAUAUUGUCGUUUUCGAUAGAGACAAGCAAAUUACAAGAACGAUAUGAUUUGCAGAAACACGAGCUUAAAACAGCGGAACGAGAGAACAGUUAUUUAAAUUGCUAUUGUUGUGUCGACAGAAACAAUCGAAAAUUACUGUACGAUCUGUAAAAAAAGAAAUACGUAUCCGAAGAACUCUGAUUAAUUUUUAGAGCGAAUAAAUAAACUUAAUCAUUAUUUGACGUAAGUAUGUAUUAUUUUAUCCGAUCGUAGUUUCGUGCUCGAUAUUUCGUAAUUAGACAUUUGUGUCGUGAACGAGAAAAAUUCGAUACGUAAUGAACGCAUUCGUUCGCGAGAAAUCUCAGGUAGGAUAUGUAUAAUGAUUCAUGAACGAUAUCGACGAGCGGAUUUGUCGACUGGAAUAAUUGCUCGUUUGUUACGGAACGGUAAUGAUAUUUAACGGAACAGGCGAACAAAGUAUGUGAAAUACUGCGCCAAUAUUUUCCAAUGAAAUACACCGGUGUAAAAAAUCGAUUUCUUCGAGAAACUGACAAUGAGUAAUCGAAUAAUUGCGAAUUAAGGAGAAAUUUUAUCAUGAUUAUUGUCAUUUCUAAAGCAUGCGAAAGGAGAUUGCAAUAAAAGACGAUCAAACUGAU